ACAGUAAGUUGACUAACUGUUCAAGACCUCUCCUCUUCACUUCACUCUACUGCAGGGUGGGAGAUGCAACAAUGGCCUUGAGAACAGCAGGAAGUGUGUUGGGGGUCUUUCUCUGGUCUGUAGCAGUGGUACUGGGUCAGGAUGGCUGGAGUGUGACAUACACCACUCAGAGUAUCUGUACCUUGAAGGGGUCAACAGUGGAGCUGACCUGCUCUUACACAUAUCCCAGAGGUCAUACAGUCACAACAACCUACUGGUUCAACAAAUAUGAUGCUGUUGGUCCUGUAAGUCUGAGUGAUGACCCAGACUACAAAGGACGUGUGACGUACCUUGAGGAUGAAGAGAAUGGUCACACCCAGACAAUCACAGACCUGAGAGAGAGUGACUCAGCUACGUACAAAUUCAGAUUUACAGAUCAGACUGGAACAUGGAGAUAUACUGGUGAUCCUGGAGUCACUCUGUCUGUCACAGGUCUUCAGGUGAAGGUGACUGGUGGACAUCAGGAUAAGACACUGACCUGUAUCACCACCUGUACUCUGACUGACAACCCCACCUACAUCUGGUACAAGAACGGACAACAUCUAGAUGAGAGCACCUCCCCCCAGUACAAAGACCCAGUCUCCAGUAACUAUGGAGACAGUUACUCCUGUGCUGUAAAAGGCCAUGAGGAUCUCCUCUCUCCUGCAGUGU